AUGGACUCUCAGACGGCUGGAAACCUCGGUGGUUUGAGUGUCCUAGUUGUGAAAUUGGGGUUCCCAUUUCACCACCUUGUCAUCAUCCUUUUCUUCUCUCCUGCGGCACCAUCUGACCCAUUACCGCCCCCCUUAUCUUCUCUCUUUUUCUCUUCUGGCUCCGGGGAGGGCAAGGUUGCUGGCCCGAGAUCCGGCACAAGGAAGAGAGAGAGAGGGAGAGGGAGAGAGUGGGACAAAUGCACAGGCAAGAAGAAGUGGACGCCUAUUUUUGAAAGAAUGGGUCUAUAA